CGUCACGUGAACAACGUCUCUCGCCCUAGCUAUGCAGAUACAUCAGGAAAACCAAGUAAAGCUGUCCAAUGCAGCGUAUCGUAUUGAAGCCAGCAAUUGCUUUAGAAGAGGCACCUAUAUAGAGUUGUCUACGGGUGUGCUGCGACGUGUGGAGGACGUACGUACGGAGGAUUUCAUACAGUCGGCCAUGCGAAGUGAACUCUUUGAGCUACGCGAGGCUACGGUGGUUAAAAUAGAUCGUAGUUCACCACAUAGUCACAACAUAAGCUUUAGCUAUGGUGCGCAGCAUUUAAAGGUUACGUUGGAAGUGUUACCGGCUCAUCCAUUGUUUGUGUAUGGCCAAGGUUGGGCUUCCUGCAAUCCGCAGUUCUCCUUCGAUCUCUACGAGCUCAAGUGUCAGCAGCUGCAGGUGGGUGAUAUUUGUCUGUCGCUUAUACCGCGCGAGCAACCGCCGCCGCCGCCGCCGCCGCCUCCUCCGCAACCAAUGCCAUUGGUUAGAGAUACUUAUCAAGUCUAUGCGGAAAUGGCAAAUAUCGUAGCUGCCUAUACUCAACACCUUAUAGGUAAAAUGAACUAUUAAAACUGUAUA